GCUCCUGCGCAUCGCCGCCGCACAAGGCCGCGGGCGAUGCGCCAGCUCCGAUGGCCGCGGGCAUGCCGCCGACCCUCGCAGGGAGCGCGCCUGCUCAGCUCCCUGGGCACGCGGAGGCAACGCUGCCGCUGCCGGCAGCCGUUCCUCCCAGCUGCAAGCCCCACGCGCCGACGCUGCCGGACAACCUCGUGCCCUACAAGGAGCCUCCUGCGGGGGCGGCUCCACCGAUAAAGUUGGAGCCGAAGGCCCCGCCCGCGCACGUGCGGCCGCUGCUGGAG